CUUCUAAAGGGUCUCAAAGUAGUUUUGUCUUGUUGUGAAGUAGCAUUUGGCAGACUUACAAAGGAAGAUUUGAUAUUUUGAUGAUCCUAUUGAAUAGGGUAGGUGAUGUGAAAAUGUUUAAGGCAGUUGGUUUAUUUGUAUGUUUAUAUAGGAGAACAUGCAUUUGUUUUAAGAGUUAGAUAACAUCAGGUUUUCUGUGGAUUGGUAUUUUGUUUUCCAUUUACGAAUGCUGAAGAAGGCAGGANCCAGGUAAUUAUUAAGCUAGUUUGUGCUAAGGUACUGCAAAAUAAGACUUGCUAUUAUGUGUACCUUUUUGUCUGCAGGUCAUUAUUGCUGUGGCUUGAGCUCAGCAUGGCUGUAGUCAUCCGUUUACUGGGGCUUCCUUUUAUUGCGGGUCCUGUGGAUAUCCGUCACUUCUUCAAGGGAUUGACUAUUCCUGAUGGAGGAGUGCAUAUAAUNGGAGGGAAAGUUGGGGAGGCUUUUAUAAUUUUUGCAACAGAUGAAGAUGCAAGACGUGCCAUAAGUCGCUCAGGAGGGNUUAUCAAGGAUUCAUCUGUAGAGCUUUUUCUUAGUAGCAAGGUAGAAAUGCAGAAGACCAUAGAAAUGAAAAGAACUGCUCGAGAAGGAAGAGGGAGACCAGGAUCCGGGGCAUCANGGGUUGGCAACGUGUUUCAUUUUAUUGAUGCUCUGAAGGAAGAAGAAAGUUAUUCUGGAUAUGGCUCUUCGGUUAAUCGAGAUGCUGGGUUUCAUACAAAUGGUACAGGACUUGACUUAAGGCCAAGAAAGACCAGGCCAUUGAAGGCUGAGAAUCCUUACUUAUUUCUACGAGGUUUGCCUUACUUAGUAAAUGAAGAUGAUGUCCGUGUCUUUUUCUCUGGUUUGUGUGUANAUGGAGUAAUUCUCUUAAAACAUCAUGAUGGCCGAAAUAAUGGUGAUGCUAUAGUAAAAUUUGCUUCAUGUGUUGAUGCUUCAGGAGGUCUUAAAUGCCAUAGAAGUUUCAUGGGUUCAAGAUUUAUAGAAGUCAUGCAGGGUUCAGAACAACAGUGGAUUGAAUUUGGUGGUACUGCAACCGAGGGAGGUGACACUCCUCGUAUGAGAUCUGAAGAGCAUUCUCCUUCAAGAAGGAUUAAUGGUGGACAUUUUNGGAAACGGUCUCAUUCAAAAUCUCCUAGAGCACGUUCUCGCUCUCCUNUUGGAUUUUAUGUUCACUUAAAAAAUCUGUCCUUAAAUACUAACAAAAGAGAUUUAAGGAANCUCUUUAGAGAUACUGACCUGACUAAUGACCAGAUUAAGUUUGUGUAUAAAGAUGAAAGAAGAACACGCUAUGCCUUUGUGAUAUCUCCUGGAGAGGAGUUUUGGACCCCACCUGAUUUCAGAGGUCAACAUCCUUUUGUGAAAUUUGAUCACCUACUAGGUGGCAAAUUUGAUUUUGAAAAGUAUAAAUUUGGAAGUUUUCCUGAUACAAAAGUUAUGUCUGAUCUAAAUUUAAAUUGUGUUUCAGGUAAAAUAAUUACUGUCAAGAUAUCCAAUAUUCCAUUCAAAGCUAAUGCUAAUGAAAUUUUAGACUUUUUUCAUGGUUAUAAAGUCAUACCUGGAUCCGUUUCAUUACAAUAUAAUGAGCAAGGAUUACCUAUAGGAGAAGCCAUUGUUGCUAUGACAAAUUAUAAUGAAGCUCUAGCUGCAGUUAAAGAUCUAAGUGUUAGACCAGUUGGUCCUCGCAAAGUUCAGCUUAUCUUGCUUUAGAGGGCCUUUCUAAGUAAACAGUUUUCUUCCACAGUAUUCAUGCAGUGAAAGUAAAGUUUUUUAUAGAGAUGAAAAAUUUUAUUUUUAACUUGUGAAUAGAAAAAAUGUGUUAUGUAAAUCUCGUUUCUUUUUGCUUAUAAAUGGACAUUCUUUUACCCCCUACUUUAAAAUUAAAAAUAUUCCGUUCUUGACAGGUGGGAGAGAAUUUCNUGAAUUCUUUGUUUUCAUUUUUUACUUUGUUUUUAUUUUGUUUUUAAUCAUAGAAGGAAAUGAACACUGACUGAUGUCUUAGUCAGGGCUUCCAUACCUACAUAAACAUCAUGACCAAGAAACAAGUUGGGGAUG